GGCGAGGCGCGGCCGCAGGGGAGGCGGGCGGCCACGCCGCUCCGGGGGCCCUCCCCGCGCGCCGGGGCGCCGCGCACCGGGGAGCCCCACGCCGUGUUCUGCGAGGGCAGCAAGGUGGAGUACUACAGCAGCACCAACGGCACUUGGAUGCCCACCAGGGUCACCAGCGUGGACGAGGAGACGGGCGCCGUGACUGUGGACGUGAAGCCUGGGGUGCCGAUGAGCUUGCGCGAGCAGCGCUCGCGCCUGCGUCCCCGCACCCGGCCGAGCGCCCAGCACCUGGAGUGGGGCCGGUCCGUGCUGCGCGAGGGCCGGCUGUCGGAGGAGUCCCGCGCCAUCUUCCUCCGCCACGCCGCGCCGGCCACUCCAGGCCAGGGCCCGGCCACCUGCGCCCUGCCGGGCGAGGCGCUGCCGCGCGCGGGGGCGGAGCUGGACGCCCUGCUGGGCACCUGCGGCUCGGUGUGCUACCUGCGCCACCAGGCCGAGAACGUCUGCGGCCACCCGCUCGCCGCAGAGGACUUCGAGGAGCUCUUCUGGAACAUGCUCUGGGGCGUCCAGAAGGAGUUCUGCCAGGCGGUCUCUCGGGAGAACGCCGCGAGGAAGCAGGAGGUCUCGCCCCAUGACGCCUACAGCUUCGAGAGGACGCUGGGCUCGGGCACGUACGGGACUGUGAAGCUCGCACGCGAGAAAACGACGGGCGCCCGGCGCGCGGUGAAGAUGAUCAGCAAGAGCACCCACCACCAAGAUUGCGAGAUCGAGCACCUCCUGUUCCUUGACCACCCCCAUAUCGUGAAGCUGUACGAGCACUAUGAGGACCAGAGCUACGUCUACCUGGUCAUGGACUACUGCUCUGGCGGCGACCUCCAGUCCACCAUCAGCGAGAGCAGGGGCGCAGGCUGCCUUCUGCCAGAGUGCUUCGUGUCCGACGUGAUGCGCCAGGUCCUCAUGGCGAUCGCGCACGUGCACUCGCACGGCAUUGUGCACCUCGACCUGAAGGCGGCAAACGUCAUGCUCACGCCAAGCCGCAGCACCCUCCCACCCUGCCGCGGCGAGCAGGAGGGCCGCAUCCUGGCGAACGUCCACGAGAGGCCCCACGUGAUGGUCAUCGACCUGGGCGUCGCCCAGGUGUUCCAGCCUGGGAACUUCCGGAGCCGCAAGCCGACGGGCACCCCGUGCACCAUGGCGCCGGAGGCCUGGAGCGGUGAGUUCACGCCGCGCGCGGACGUCUGGAGCUGCGGCGUGGUGCUCUUCGAGCUGCUGGCGCUGCGCCUGCCCUUCGCCUGCCCCUGCGAGCGCGAGGGCGCGGCGACCUACUGGAGCGCCCGCCCUGCGCCGCCCUGGGAGCACCUGCGCGCCGCCUCCAGCCGACGCGGUGGGCAUGUGCCGCCGCAUGCUGGCCUUCGACCGGCUCCGGCGCCCCUCCGCGGCGGCGUGCCUGGGGGAGUGCUUCGUGCAGCCGGCGCGCGGCCCCGGCGCCGAGGCCGCCGCGGCGCCCCUGCCGCCGCGGGUGGCGCGGCGGCUCGCCGACGCGCCCCGGCGGAGCAUCCUCCACAACAGCGUGGCGCUCUCCAUCGCGAGGGUGUGGCCGGCGAACCAGCUGCCCACCAUCAAGCGCCUCUUCGAGGAGCUCGACGCCUCGCGCACGGGGCGGCUGAGCCAGACCAGCGUUGCGGCCGCCCUCGAGGGGUGUGGCGUCGAGGCGGCUGCCGCCCUCGAGGCCGCUGCGGCCAUGGACCUCAACCGGGACGAGAUCGUGGACUGGACCGAGUUCGUGGCCGCCUGCCUCGACCUCGGGGCCGAGGAGUUCGAGGCGGACCUGUGGCGAGUCUUCGGCGAGGCUGA